CCCUCAGGAGAAAAUGGAAAUGAGAAUAUGCACUGACCCCUCUGCUGAACUGAUGGAAAGGAAGCUGGCUGGCUCUUGGACUCCUUCUCCUUAGCCAGUUGCUCCCCUACCUGCUUCCACUGCCCAUAAACAACAUGGACUCCCAAUCAUUGGACACAGCAAUUCAGAGUGCCCUUGCAGCCCUCUACCCACCCUUUGAAGCUACAGCUCCAACCAUCCUUGGCCAGGUGUUCCGCCUCCUGGAGAUUCACUAUCAGGGAGAUGGGCUCUGCUGCCUCCUGGAUUUCCUGAUACCUGCCAAACGCCUUUUUGAGCAAGUCAGGGAAGCAGCCUGUGCUCCAUAUUCACAUUGCGUAUUCCUCCACACGGGUUGGCCCCUAUGCCUUGGGGAAAAGGUAGUGGUUCACCUUGCACCACUGAACCCCCUCCUAUUACGUCAGGGAGACUUCUACCUACAAGCAGAACCACAUGAAGAACAGUCUGUUUGCAUAAUGGUUAAAUGCCUUUCUAAGGAUUUAAGAAACGUGGAAGAAAGACCAGUUCCUGAGUCUUCAUACCCAACUCUAUUCACCAAGGAAUGGCUGGAGGGCCUCAAUCAAGACCUUGAUAGAAGGGCCCUACAUAGUUGCUUGGUGGCUACAGAAAAAGGGGUUUCUCCUGAGCCUUGGUUAAAAAUAACUGCCCCCAAAUUUGUCAACAAACCCCAAACAGUGACUGAUCUUUCCCCCUCUCAAGUAUCUCUCCAGUUAGAUGCACUGGAUUUAAGCACACCCAGAGGGAUGCUCCAGAUGGUGUCCAGUAGCAACCCAAAGCCCCCCAGCACUGCUAGUUCUCAACCACUACUCAAUAAGGAUACAGGAUCCUGGGGGUCAGAUAAGAAUAAGUAUCCAGGACUCAUCAAAGUGGAACAAACAGGAUCUUGGAAGAAAUCUUGCAGAUUGACUGCCCCUAGUAUGGAUGAGAUGAUCAUCCAGAAUCUUGAGGGGGAUUAUGUGGAUCUCCUCAAGAUUUCCAAAGAAAAAAGAGGAUGUUCUUCACAUAGAUCAACAGUGAAUCUCAAUGAGUUCAUCUCUUCAGAUGCCAACAAACCACUGAAGAAUCAAAUGGUACCUCCUAUCCAGAAGAUACCAUCUCCAUCAUUAGUCAACGGGGUCUCUUCUUUCCCAUCUGGGUCUGAAAAAUGGACUUGUGGGAAACCAGAGAGCUCCGAGGAUGGGCCCUGUACACCAUGCUUGAGGAGAAAGCUUAAUGGGUCUACUCAGUACCAGAAUUCAAGAUGUCGUUACCGGGAGUCCUACUUGGCUGCUCUUCAGAACCCAGUGAGCUUCAGUUCUGGUCUGAUGACUGCCAUUAAAGAAGAAUCAGAUAACUCAAAGAAUGAACCAACUUUGGAACCAGCAGCUGGAAAUCAUUUGGAUAUCUCAGAGCUCAGAAGCAGACCCAAUCAGGCUUCCUCUCCCCAACUUCAUGCAGCCUGCCCUCACAAAGUGGUACCCCAGGAAAGCAGAACAGAAGAAAUGGGUCUACACGGCUACCUAAAAUUUCUCAAGUCCUCAGCUGGUUCUAGUAGAAUUCUUUCUAGGUCAGGAUCUCCUACAGCCCAUCAGAAAUUCUCAUUCCUGAAGGGACAGAGACAAUCCCCAUCUUCCCAGGACUCUGAUCCCCCAGAGAAAGUCACACACCUGCACAAUGGACCCUGGAAAAUCAUGUCUUCUCUUUACUCACCCAAAAUGCACAGAGCAAAGUCCUCAGGAAAAGCUGGUCCCAGUCAGACCAAAAUAUCUGCCCAGGAAGCAUCCUCCACUCAGAGUUUUGGUGCUCAAUCCAGUUCAAGUAUGGAAGUCCCAGAAAGAGAUUCUGCACUUUUGGAGACCCUGUCUGAGCAGCCGCUCCAUGCUUGGGACCUGAAGGCUGAGAUCCUGCUCUCAGGGAUAGCUUGCUUACCAGGUAGCCAGGACAAGACAGGGAGGCCUCUGCUCCAGGUAACUACAAGUGGUUCCGCAUGGGAUGCACCAUGGUGCUCAGCCAGAGAAGUCACCAAACUCCUCAUCUACUUGUGCUCCAUCCCCAGACAAGAAGCCAAAGCCAUAGGACUGACUGUUGUGAUAGAUGCCAGGAAACAGGCCCCUACUCCCUGCCUGGUCAAUGCUCUAAGAACAACCCAGGCCUUGGCCCCAGCCUCUCUUCACAGUUUGCUGUUCCUGGGGGAGAAGGAAGCUGCUACCCACCUGGAGAAGGUGCCAGCCAUCCAGGUGGAGGUGCUUACAUCUCUGAAGGCCCUAGGCCGCCACGUGGACCAGAGCCAGUUGACCCCAGACCUAGAAGGAUCCUUCCCAUAUUGCCACAGUCAGUGGGUUCAGUUCUUCCAGAGGGUGGACCCCUUCCUGGCUGAACUCCGGAAGGUUUCUACACUGCUUCAGGAUGCCAUCCAGGAGUUUGAGAAGGGCAAGACCCCCAAGGGAGUACAGGAGGCCGCUCAAAGCAUGACCAAAUACAAGCAGAUGAUGGAGUCUGUGCUCAGCGAUGCCCAGCUGGUGAGUCUACAGAGAGAUGGGGGAGCCACCUUAGCCAGGCUCAGGAAGGAGACCUGCAAGCUAGCCUACUCACAGGAAGCCAGGAACAGUAUGGCUUUGGCAAUGGCCCUCUACAGUCAAGUGGAAGAACGGGUACACGUACUGGUGACCACAUCUAACAAGAGCCUGGAAAGACUGGAAUCUCUGGUGCAGACAAGGGAGCUGGAGUGUGAGUUCCACCAGAUCAGUGAAUGGAUUGACAGGGAAGGAAGUACACGGCUUAAGGCACUGACACCUUUGGAAUGGAGCCUCGAGCGGGUAGAAAAAUCCCAUGAGCAGUUUGAGGAAUUCUUCCAACAGGCUACGGCUCACUACAACCGGGGUUUAGAGCUGUCAAAACAAGCAGCCAAAUUCCAAGGAGCUGAAACGCCGGAGAUGGCAGCUUUCGUAGCCACCAAGAGCACCUUCCAGGCCAAGCUGACCCACUUCUACAUGGCCAUAGAGAGGCACAGGACAGACCUGGAAACCCUCCUCCAUCUCUAUCGAUUUUGCAAUAAGAUGACCUGGUUCAACCUGGAUUGUCAGGAUCUGGUGGCUGACCUAAAGUUGGGAGAGGGUUGUAGGGCCAGCCCAGAUGCUCAGCGCCACCUGGAGAGCUACCUGCAGAGGCUUGCCGUAGAGUUUCCUGCUGAAAAGCUGUGGGAGAUGUGGCUGCAGGCAUCUUCUCUGAGUCGAGGCCCUGGCCUGGGCCUUUGGGAGGAAGCCCGGCUGAGGCGACACGAGAGUCAUGUUAUUCUUCAGGAGGCUCUAACUCGGUGCCAGGGGAAACCAGAGGUUGAGAUGGGCCCUAAGAAGGGAAAAGAGAUUUCAAGGACCUUAGCCCCUGGAGCCCUGGAGGGAGACUCUUUAGCCAUCCUGGAACCUGGGAAACUAUUCACUGGAAUCCAAAGAUGGAAAGGACAGGCCAUUCCUGGGGGAAAGUUGAACAACUAUCCAGGUAGGAAUUCAGACUCUGUAGGCCCAGGUGGCCUAGAGAAAAAUGACUCCUCGGACCAGUCUAAGAAGAAAGGGGGUAAAAGAGAUAAUCAACAGGAAAUGGGGACCUCCAAUUCUGCUCCUGAAAUUACUGACCCAGAGCAAGGGUCCAAAGUUGACCUGUCUGUCAAGAUCAACAAGGUAGCCCCAGAGAAUUUGCAGCCUCCCCCAUGGCUACCCGGUCUACCUACUUCUUCCAAGUCCCCCACUCUCUGGAAAGGCCUCACCAGGAAGAGGCCAGGACGAGGAUCUCGCUUGCAGUUCUCCCGACAUGGCAGUUUCUCAUCAGAAGAGACGGAUUCACAGACCUCCCUGGAUGACUCACCACUGACCAGUCCUGUGGUAUCCCUGGAGCUGAGCAGCCCCCAACUGCUCUGGGCUCCAGGCAAGGGGGCAAGCAUGGCACAGCUGGAAGGCAAGCCUCUUGGUGGUCAGACACCAGGAAACCCGACCUAAAAUCAUUUCAGCAAGCAUUUAAUAAACACUUACUAUGUGCCUAGAUCUGUGCUCAGCUACUCUGGUGGGAGGAAGAUGGAGGGAACUACAGGAAAAAGGGAAGGAAUGGUCCCUGCCUUGUAGAGACUUACAUAACCAAACAUUUAGAGGAUGACAGUAUGUAAUAAAGUAUUAAACCUAAAAUAAUUAAAUUAUCAGAUGAA